GCCAGGGCAAUGUCCCGUCGCAAGCAGGGAAACCCACAACAUUUGUCACAAAGAGAAAUUAUAACACCGGAAGCUGACCAUGUGGAUGGCAGACUGGCAGUGGCUGAGGUCCAUUCUCACCCCCAUGCUGUGCUGGACCCAGCCAUGUCUGGGCCUCUGCCCGCUGGGCUGGGGGAUCACGACCUCCUCACCUGCGGCCAGUGUCAAAUGAACUUCCCCCUGGGGGACAUUCUGCUUUUCAUCGAACACAAGAAGAAGCAGUGCCAGGGCCUGAUGGGCGGCCACGGCUGCUACGAUAAGAUGACCGACCGCAGCAGCCCCUCACCGCCCCGCGCUGAACUAAGGAAAGUGGUGGAACCGGUCGAAAUCGGAAUCCAGGUGACACCCGAGGAGGAAGAUGAGAGACUGUUGACGCCCCCAAAAGGAAUUUGCCCCAAGCAAGAGAGUGUCCUGCCAGGUAGGGAUGAGCCCUCCAGUUACAUAUGCACAACGUGCAAACAACCUUUCACCAGCGCCUGGUUCCUUCUCCAACAUGCUCAGAACACACAUGGGAUUCGCAUCUAUCUGGAAACAAACCCAUCCAGCAGUUCCCUCACGCCACGUAUCACCAUCCCGCCACCCAUAGGUGCUGAAUCCAUACCCCAGUCUCCCCUCACCAAUUUCUUAGGGGACAGUAACCCUUUCCAUCUCUUGCGUAUGACUGGACCCUUGCUCCGAGAACCUCCGCCAGGCUUUGUGGAGAACCGCCUGCCUAACACGCCUCCCUUUGUCAGCCCCCCUCCUCGUCAUCACUUAGAUCCCCACCGCCUGGAACGCCUUAGUGCAGAGGAAAUGGGUUUAAUCUCCCAACAUCCCAGUGCCUUUGAGAGAGUGAUGCGUCUCACGCCCAUGGCCAUGGAGUCCCAGUCUAUGGAUUUCUCCCGGCGGCUCCGGGAGCUGGCAGGAAACAAUAGUUCCACCCCUCCGCUCUCGCCCAGCCGUGCCAACCCUAUGCACCGUCUCCUCAACCCUAACCCAUUUCAGCCCAGUCCCAAGUCCCCAUUCUUGAGCACUCCACCACUUCCACCCAUGCCCCCAAACAGCACCACUCCACCCCAGCCACAGGGCAAGUCCAAGUCCUGUGAAUUCUGUGGGAAAACCUUCAAGUUCCAGAGUAACCUGGUGGUCCACCGAAGGAGCCAUACGGGUGAGAAGCCCUACAAGUGUCAGCUGUGUGACCAUGCCUGCUCUCAGGCCAGCAAGCUGAAGAGGCACAUGAAAACCCAUAUGCACAAGUCUGGCUCUAUGACUGGCCGCUCUGAUGAUGGUCUGUCCACUACCAGCUCACCAGAGCCUGGCACCAGCGAUGUCACCGGAGAGGGGAUGAAAAACAGAGAUGGGGACUUCAGAGGCGAGGGCUUAGGACCUGAGAAUGAGGAAGAGGAGGAAGAGGAGGAGGAAGAAGAGCUUGAAAAUGAGAGUAGGCCCGAAUCUAACUUCAGCAUGGACUCUGAGUUCAGCCGUAACCGGGAGAAUGGCUCCAAACCUCCCUCGGACGAUAAGACCCUAUCCUUGGGGAAGAUGGUGGAGAAUGUAGGGCUGAGUUCUAUCCAGCAGUACAAUAACUUGAUAGUUGACAAUCGGAAAAGGCUUCCUUUCUCAAAGAGGAGCUCGGAUGGCCAACGGGACACAGGGGAUGAGGACUCAGUGGUAGGGGAGAUGGAUCAGGUGGAACGGGCCACAGUGAAUGGUAGGAACUGUGGUUCCGGCGACUCUUUCUCAGGCCUGUUUCCCCGAAAGCCCACCCCUAUCACUAGCCCCAGCCUGUCCAACUCCUCCAACAAGAGGAUCAAAAUUGAGAAAGACUUAGACAUGCCCCCAGCCCCCUUAAUCCCCUCUGAAAAUGUCUACUCCCAAUGGCUGGUGGGCUAUGCGGCGUCACGGCAUUUCAUCAAAGACCCCUUCCUCGGGUUCACUGACUCCAGACAAUCUCCCUUUGCCACCUCCUCCGAGCACUCCUCAGAGAAUGGCAGCCUGCGAUUCUCAACACCUCCGGGGGACCUGCUGGACGGGGGCCUCUCGGGUCGUAGCGGCACAGCCAGCGGAGGCAGCACCCCACACCUAGGUGGGGGUCCGGGUCCCGGCCGGCCAAGUUCCAAGGAGAGCCGGCGGAGUGACACCUGUGAAUACUGUGGCAAAGUCUUCAAGAACUGCAGCAACCUGACAGUGCACCGGCGCAGCCACACAGGCGAGCGUCCCUACAAGUGCGAGCUCUGUAACUACGCCUGCGCCCAGAGCAGCAAGCUCACCCGCCACAUGAAGACACACGGCCAGCUUGGUAAGGAAGUGUACCGCUGUGACAUUUGCCAAAUGCCCUUCAGCGUCUACAGCACUCUUGAGAAACACAUGAAAAAGUGGCAUGGGGAACAUUUGAUGACGAACGAGGUAAAAAUUGAACAAGCAGAGAGAAGCUAA